AUGACGGCCUACAACACCAGAAGCCCUGCCGUCAAGCGGUUGAUGCGCGAAGCUCAAGAGCUUUCGCAACCAACAGAACUUUAUUAUGCUCAACCACUGGAGGACAACCUUUUUGAGUGGCACUUUACUAUACGUGGUCCAGAAGGUAGUGAAUUUGAGGGUGGAAUUUAUCAUGGUCAGAUUUCGCUCCCUACAGAGUACCCUAUGAAACCACCAAAUAUCAUGUUACUGACGCCAAAUGGUCGUUUUGAACAGUACCGCCAAAUAUGCCUUAGCAUCUCUGGCUACCACCCAGAGACAUGGUGCCCCUCUUGGUCCAUUCGGACAGCUUUGCUUGCAAUCAUUGGUUUCAUGCCGACUUCAGGUGCCGGUGCUAUAGGAUCCAUGAGUAUUUCCACUGAAGAGCGUCGCAAACUCGCCGCAAGUUCCAGGAACUUUAUCUGUGAUAUCUGCGGUCCAACCAGAGAUUUACUCCUUCCCUUAACUAGUACCUCCUCUUCAACCGUCAAGGAAGCUCAGGAAGUAGCCUCUCAGUGUAUCAUUACAGAUCCCGUUGCACCAAAGGAGAUGCCUUCUGAGUCCCGGGAUGCAAAAGUUCAGCCAGAAGCUCAAAAAGUGUCGAAAAAUGAUGUUUAUAAUGGUGGAAUCCCCUCUGCUUUCCCACCACAGCUAUCGGCACUGCAAGGAAUGCCAAGGCCAGCCUACUGGCUGUGCUACCCCAUCUUUCUGUCAAAUGGGACUACCUCUGCAAAUGUCCCAGGGACGGCUGCUGGCGAUAUUAAAAGGGAACCGCCUCUUAGCUUUGAGGAAUGGCUUAAAAAAGAGUUGGAGAAUCGUCAGAAACCUGCGGAAAGCACAGAUGACUCCGAUCCCAAUCGACCGCAGCAGUGGUAG